CUCGAUUUUUCAAUCUGCUAUUUUUAUAUCACGACCAAACAACCUACUGCCUGAUAGUGUGAUACCUGAUGGUAUCCAGAAACCCUUCUAACCUGAGGCAAACACACUCAAACUUCAAGAUAUACAAAUCCACAUACAACUAUUAGCGCAGUUGAGUGGCUGGAAAACCAACACUUAUACACAGCGAAAUGCCUAGAAUAGUACUAAAACAAAAAUAAGCGAGCCGAGAGUAAUCAAUUCGUUCCUACAGUUUAGGACAUAGACAUUGGAUAUUGGAAGCUUUCCAAAGUCGAAUUUUGGACAGCGCGCUACCGUUUCGACUUUAAUACUGUAAUGAUCGUACUAUUGUAUUGUUGCUAGUCGUCGAUUUUAUUCGUUACCAAAAUGUGAGAAUAUUAUGCGUGCCUUUUGAGCCGGCUAAAAUUUUUUGUUUACUCGUGUUCCUCACAAAAUUUACACCCGGCUUAACAUGCAAUGCAACUUCAGAACAGACAUGUCAGUCAGUACUCCGAUCGACAGAUUUCGUCUUUCCAAUUACUCAUAUAGAUUAAGUACUUUAAGUAACUGGCCUUAUGAUGGGAAUUCCCUUUGUACAGCUGAAAAAAUGGCCAAAUCUGGGUUCUACCGACCAAAUCCAAGCAAUCCAACUACUACACAGUGUUUUGUCUGCAUGAAAGAAUUAGAAGGAUGGGAACCUGAUGAUGAUCCAGACAAAGAGCAUAAAAGUCAUUCACCAAAGUGCCCGUUCCUCAAAUCUAAGCAAUAUGAACAAAUGACUUAUGAAGAAGGUUUAGCAAUGGAUGUUGAAAGAUAUUGUACUUAUCUUUCCAAGAUUCUUUCAGAUCAGUAUGAUGUCCAAAAAGUCCAAAAGGCAUUUAAAAUGUUUACUGAAAUUGUAUUAUCCAAACUACCAAAGCGGAAUAAAAAAAGAAAAUCUAAUCUCAGCAAAAGAACAAACUCAAUUAUGUCAAAUUCAAGUAUUAAAUCAACCAGGAGUACUCGGAGCAAAAGAAUAUGAAUGUGUUUGAUUUCUUUAAAAACCUGAAUUAUUUGUAUACUUUGUAUAAUAAUAGUUGUUUUAUUCAUACCAUACAUCAUUUUGAUAGCAUCAAGUAAUGGGAACUAGUCCGCAUGUGUUCUUUCUUCAUUUAUUAAUGAUAGAUAUCGCUUUAUCGUAAAAUGUUGGUAUUACAGUCUAGUAAAAAUGGGUGGGGUUUAUUCAACCUAUUAAUAAUUAUACUCAUUACAUACUAGUAAGACCUUUUAUUUUCAAUGCGUUUGUUAUAGUGUCUUAGCAUACUGUGAGUCAAAUAAAAUGAAUAGAUUGUGGUGAGCAGUGUAAACCAAAACUAGUGUUUCGUCUUAUUUAUAACUGGCUGGCUGGACGUACUUACACCCCAGUAUUGACGUUCGCACUAUGGGACUCGUAUCCUGUACCUUUCGCCCCAAAUAAUCAUGUAAGUAUAAUACUUGUUGCACAAGUGGACGGCUGUAUGGACUGGUUGAUAAUGCAGCGGGCGUUAAAAGCGAAAGGUGCAAUGAUCUAGUAAUAAUAGUGAAGUAAACUCCGCUGACAAGUCCUGAGUAGAGCAGAACAUGCCUCAUGAAAUUCUCAGCCAGUAGCAAACCAUUUGUUCUAUUAGAAACCUAUGAUAAAAUGGCUCUAUCGGGGAAACCUGCACAGUAUGCUCAUGGAUCAACGAAGACUGAUCGAAAUGCGGUCAGGAAUAUCAACAGUGGGAUAAUAUAAACG